UGCUACUGUACAGUAGCUGGCUAAAUAAUAAAUUAAUUAUAAAGAGAUGUGGCAGCUCGAGGACAGUGCUGUUUUUUUAUCAGAGGAAUUUUUCGGAGAAUUCAGAGACGGAAUAUGAAAAUACAUGAAGUCAUAUAAGAGCCAUGCGUUUUCUCCCACAUUUGGCAGGCAGGCAUUUUCCUACAGCCAGGGUUCGCACCGGGAGAGCAUCACUUCAUCUGGCACCGCUGUUGGUUUGUGAUUUUUCAUGAAUGCUAGCUUACUUACGAUCAACAUGCAUUUCUACAUUUACCCGCUGUGUCAACGUUAACAGGCAGCGUAAAAUGAUUUUUAUUAAUGUCUUGAAUUGUCGUUACCCGCUUCUUGGGGAGUACACACACGUCCCCCCAUAAGUCAGAACCUCCAGAAUGAAACUCCGAAGGGGCUGUUUCUUGUUUACUGACAGGAGGAAACGCGUGGACAGCAGACAUUCAUUUUAAAACUUAGGCUAACAUUAAUGUGUGGUGAACCUUUACCCCGCGCGUUGACUUGAAGGCAGGUCAGAGAAGCUUCGUGAAUGGACAAACAGGACUCAUGAUGUGGACCAGCUUUAUGGUCAGAGGCUCGACCCUGCACAGUCACUCCAGACGGGAUGUGUGUUACAUUGGACUCAACAGAGAGUAAUAACUACAGCCUGUCCUUUUACCUGACAGCUUCUCCUAAUCACGGAAUACUCAAAAACUUCUCUACAGUCUUCCUCAAACUGUGGUGUCCACCCAUCUGUCUCACGACCAGUGGGCCUAGUGUGACCUGUCUUCCCGGUAGAGGCUGUUGGGAUCAUCAUUGAGUCAGUCAUGACCACAAACCACUGGGGUGCUGAUUCCUCAGCUGAAGGAGGUUUUUCAAAAGAGGAUUUUAACACAAGCGAUGGAGCAGAAUGUGUUAAAAUCUGUUUUUCUCAAACGUUCUCUGUUUACGGGCCCAUAACAUACUCUACAUAUUGAUAAAAGUUGAUAUUGCACUGUUUUGGUGGGUGGCCCUUAUCUGUAGUUAUUGCAGAUACAUGUUGGUGCUUCACUUACCUGGCACAGAGACAUCAGUGAUCAACUUCCAUUCAUUUUGAUGACUGUAGACCUCCUGGAUGCACCCUCAGGUGCCCCCUGGUGGCCCUUGGACUCCACGUUGAAAGACUCUGGUUUAAGAACAGCUGAGUUUACCCAAACCAAUUCCAUUCUAUCAAGAAAGAAGUUAAUUGAAGAUGCACUGGAGACUGAACUGGAAGGCUUAGCGAGGGUGAAGUUUACUAAAAGUCAACCAUGCCUAUCAGAAAAAAAGACACAACUCGAGCCCUCGGGCUUCUGGAGGAGUACUGUACUAAACUGAGGAAGCCGGAGGAGCAGCAGCUCAAAACUGCCAUUCAGAGAGUGAUGGGGAUUUUUAAAAGCAACCUGUUUGAAGCUCUUCUUGAUAUCCAGGAGUUUUAUGAAGUGACGCUGCUAAACACACAGAAGAGCUGCGAGCAAAAGCUGGAGGAGGUCAACCACAUGGCGGACAAGUGGGAGAAGAGUGUUUCUAUUCAAAACUUUGAGCUCGCUCACCCUGCCUGUCCAGUGGAAGAGAGGGGGCCGAGCAGCUCAGAGCCCAGUGGGAUGGAGCAGGCAGACGGUGACAUCAGGACCUCUGUGGUGAGUUUUCUAUUCUUUGAAUACACGACACACAAUCCACUGUUCUUUCAUCACAGGCAUGUGUUUUUGUAUACUUAAUUCUGUGCUUUUGUUUUCACAUCAUUAUCACUCAUGGCAUGGUCGUGUGGCUCUUCCAAAAUCACCUUUUUCCCUGGCAAUAUAAAUUGGUUCUGGCUACAUGAUCUCAACAAGCUCAUGAAAGUAAAUGACAAUAAGUUCAAGCAAAGAGGAGAGAUUUGGUUGAAGUGAUAACAUAAACUAAAGAUUAUUGUGAUAAAAAUGUUCUUCAGUUCAGGGAGUCACAAACGUCUUGGCUGUAAUGUCAUCCUCCUAACUGGCCCACUUUGGUGGCUCUAUAGCAACCAUCGCUGGGUUACUUCUGGUCAGACAAACUUUCACCUGUGCCAAGUCUGUUCAUUGACUCACAGUGAAAGUGUGACCUUAAGCACGGUACCGGACAACUUUGCUAGUGUGAGUGCACUCUUAGUAAUCUAAAGGGAAGUCUUGACAUAUGAGUCCAACAGGGCACAGUAUUUUAAAUCCUGAUACUAGAUGGUUUUAAAAACACACAUGACAAUAACACAACAUCUGGUAUGUCCAUUAUAUUUAGUAAUUUACCACUGAAUCCUGCAUGUUUGUUUCAGUCAGUUUGCUGAAAUUCCUGAUGCUGAUUGAUUCAGGUUAUUAUAGUUUUUUCCGUUAUUCUGUGCACUGUUGAGAAAAACAGAAAGUGGAAAAACAUGGGAGAUUUUGGGUUUACAACUUCAGAGUUGUUCAGCCUGUAAAGAGAUUGUGACAUUGUUUAAUUCUCCCACUGAAAUACUAAUUUCACUGAACAACAAGUAGCCCAAUAUUUUCCUAUAUAUUUGAUUUGUAUUACCAUAGUACAUGGUACAAGUAACAUGGAAUAUGAUGUUUCUGCAUACUGCAUUUUGCAUGUCUUACAUUAGCUGGACAGCCAGUGGGCUAAACCACCUGGGAAGGCUAAUAUCUUCAAGUGGUGCUUAAUUAUAAAUAACUUUCAAUAUUUCAUGUUUACAAGUUUUAAUGGAU